AUGUCUGGGGGCAAAUACGUGGACUCCGAGGGACACCUCUACACCGUCCCCUCCCGGGAGCAAGGCAACAUCUACAAGCCCAACAACAAGGCCAUGGCCGACGACGGGAGCGAGCGGCAGGUGUACGACGUGCACACCAAGGAGAUCGACCUGGUGAACCGCGACCCCAAGCACCUCAACGACCACGUGGUCAAGAUUGAUUUUGAAGACGUGAUCGCCGAACCAGAGGGAAUCCACAGCUUCGAUGGCAUCUGGAAGGCCAGCUUCACCACCUUCACCGUGACCAAAUACUGGUUCUACCGCCUGCUGUCGGCCCUCGUGGGCAUCCCACUGGCCCUUCUCUGGGGCAUUUACUUCGCCAUUGUUUCCUUCGUGCACAUCUGGGUGGUUGUGCCAUACAUUAAGAGUUUCAUGAUUGAGAUUCAGUGCUUCAGCCGCAUCUAUUCCAUCUGCAUCCACACCCUCUUUGACCCACUGUUUGACGCCGCUGGCAAAAUAUUCAGCAGUGUCCGCAUCAGUGUACAGAAAGAAAUAUAA